UGUUUGUUUGCCUCCAUGGCUUGACUUAUAUUUCUUUAAAAAUUAAAAGUGCUCAAAAUCUUCACCAAAAACAUUAUAUAUCUACAAAAAUCUUGUGACAAACAAAAAAACGGAAUAAAUACAAAAUCUGUAUUCAAAAUGUUUAGCCAAGAACCCAUUUAAGAAGAACAUUGAGGUUAUUUAUAGCAAAUCGCGAUUCGAUACACCAGGAGAUGGCUGAACAGACGCCCCUUGGAACCACUAAAUCGGACCUGUAUCAAGCAGUUACAUCUCUAUUAUACGCUGCUCUACAACCUGAUAGUGAGAUUCAAAAAGACAUAAAUGUGAGGCUACAACGUAUUGAAGUUAUUGAAGAAUAUCCUCUGGUAUUAUGCAAAAUAAUAGGAUCAGAAGGAGAAUCUAUGUCUCAACGUUAUACAGCUGCUGUUUUUUUAAAAAAAUAUUUGGACGAUACAGCAAAUCAAUGUGGUGGAAAAAAAUAUAACUUUGGUGAAUCCGACAUAGGCCGAAUCAUGACAAUAAAACUUUUACCCUAUAUGUCUUUGAACGAUUCAAAAAUAACGGAAAUUGUGAGCUACUGCAUUGCUGCACUUUUAUCCAUGGGAUUUUGGAAUAGCAUAGGAUCGUUGAUAAAUGACAUGCUAUUAAGUGGAGACCCGUAUCAAGUGGGAGUUGCAAUAACUAUUAUUUACAAAGCUACGGACAGUAGGUUCUUAAAAUGUAGUCACUAUUGCACAAUUGAUUAUAAAUUGUUUGAUUUAUUGCUUGCUGUUUUAAACAAGACAAAUAUUUCCCUAAAUAUCCGAAUUCUUACAAUCCGACCAAUGUUUUCAAUAAUGAAAUAUUUAUGCCCAGAUGAAAAUUACCUUCAAGAUUGCGUUACGAAAUUUACUGAGGAGAUAGAAAAAAAUUUAAACGAACCCUAUUCUGCAAACUUUGAAUAUGGACUCAAAAGUGAAUUACUUAAGUACCUUAAUUACUCUAUUUCGACAUUUGCUGCAUAUAAUAACAUAAUGAUUCCUCCCAUGCUUCCGAUUAUUGGUAAUUUACUGACCGUUUGUUGUGAACAAUAUAAGAACAUAAUAAGGGUUUCUGAAAAACCACCAAUUGAUUCAGAUGAAAGUGAGGAAGAACCGAAAGCCUUCUUUGGAUUAAUUAAUGGCUUGUUGAAAUUUAUAUUUUCACUAAUUAACAAGACAUAUUUCGAAGUUUUAAUUGAAGAUCUGGAUAAGCUCAUUUAUUGUGUCUAUAUUUUUAUGGCUUAUGAUUAUGACUUGAAUCAUAAUGAGAUGAACAAUUAUAAUGUGUGUGUCAGGAACACUUGUGGAAAGGUUUUAAAGUGCAGCCUUGAUAAAAUUGAGAGUCGUUUACCAAACGGAAAGGCAUUAUUCUUUAAAAGUAUGCACAAUGUUUUUCAAAGAUUCAACACAGAAAUUGAACAAACUAAUGACACUCAUAAAGUUUACUUCAUGUCGAGGCUUACUGAAUCUAUGAUACUUGGGUCAUCAUUUGUGCAAGAGACUUAUGUUGCUAAUGAUGAAUUAUUAUUUCCAUUGAAGCAUUAUCUGAAUUAUUGGACUAGUUUAUUGGAACAUUGUGACGCUAUGCUACAAGGCAGAAUCUUAUGGAUAGGGAGUAUUUAUUGCGCAGAACUUACCACUAGUGUCAUGGAAUGUCAUUUUAAUUUUAUUAUGGCUAAUUUGGAAGGAGACAAUGAAAAUUUACUUGUAGCAUCUGGAGAAGCCUUAUCUAAUUACCUCAAAGGAUUUAGAAGCAUGAUACCUGACAAACAAUUCAUUAUUACCAGAUGCGUAAAACAGAUAAUGAAUAUUCUACUAAACAUUUUGAAAAAACCCAAUGAUUUUCCAUUGAAUCAAUCAUUGAACACUUUGGGAUAUUUAGUUAAGUCCCAUAGUGAUGUAGCCAAGGAAAAUAUUGAGCAAAUUGAAGAUAUUCUAAUCAAUAUCACUAUGAAUCACAUUUAUGACCCAAAUAUAAUGAACGAAGUUGUAUUUAUCUGCGUGAAGUUGGCCCAGGCGCAAGGAUUUACCGUGCAACACGAUAGAUUUAUACAUUUUUUACUAAAUUUUAUAAACACUCCACCAACAGAUAAGAGGCACAAUAAUUUAGAUAAAGCUCUUGAUAUUUUGAAUACAAUUUGCCUGUAUUCGCCAUCUCUUGAUGAAUAUUUAGUAUUACAAACGUUCUUGAAUGCUGUGCGAUGUCUUAUGUUGAAUACUGAGCGAGAAACGGCAAUUGAUGAGUCUGCAGAAAAUUUAUUGACCACCUUAAUUGUCAAAGGACCAAAUCAGAUUAAUUUUAUUAGUCAUUCAGCACAUAAAGAACAAUUCAGUGAAUUUCCAAGAUUAUUAGAAAUGCUAAUACAGCAAGGCAUAAAAACACCAAGAAAUGUAUUGGGGAAACUAGUAAUUGUAACAAUGUUUUCAUUUCCUGAACUAAUGCUACCCCAUCAUGAAACAAUAUUAAGAAACGUAAUUACUGGAUGUGCCAAUCAUGAUAGGGAGAAGAUUCGUACUAAUUGGAUCAUUUUUAUUUUCAUCUGCAUGCUACAAACAAAUGAGACUAUAAGGUAUUUGUCUUUUCUUCCUGGACCCUCUGGAGGCAGCGCUUUAAGUUUCAUUUUGAAGCUCUGGGGACAUGAUUUUUUCUCAGAGAUCGAUCCUAUUGAAAAACAAAUUAUUGUUUUGUCACUAGAACGCAUAAUCCAAUACUGCUUUGAGAACCCAGUUGCAUUUGAAAUGAUGCAAGAUAUACAAAUACCAUUUGAAAUGUGGUAUAAUAAUACAUCAACCCGUGACACCUUUAAUGGUAUAGAUUAUCUGUAUUAUCUGUUAAUACAGUGUAUUUUAUAUGAAAGUUUGGAGGGUAAUAUAGAUUAUGAACCUCCACUAUAUAACUUUUCGGAUUUUGGAGAAUACGCUUGGAAAAGACACAGAGAAGAUGAAAUAUUCCUAUACUAUUCUCAUCCAUUCAGUAUCGAUUUUGUACAAGACAUUAUUCAUUUUCUCCAAAAGUCCACUGAACCAUAUUUCAGCGUAGUCAGACGAUUUCUUACUCCAGUAAACCAUAUACAACUUAAAAGCCUUGGGUGUAUUACCGCAGACGCUUUACCUUUGGCUUUACCUGAACAAAUAAUGCAUGUUCAGGAAGCAAUGGAGUGACCUCGGGAGUGACAAAAUAAACAGCCUAAAUUUGGUAAAAAAAAAAAAAAACUAAAAAGCCCUUAAUAUCUAAUACCAAAUUUAGGCUCUAACUUUACCAAAUAGAUGGAAAAACAAAACGCUUUUGAAUAUGUUAAUUCACAGGUUGACUGCCAUGCAAUCCUAUAUUUCUUUACAAGUAUAUUUUGUAGUCACUGUCUGGUGGUUGUCACAGUUGCAUAUUCCCAUUUUUCAAAAGUUUCGUCUGCUAGAAACAAGUAAAGAUCCUUCAAACUAUCUCAAAAACGUUCUCAGAUUUCAACUGGUAGGAAGAAAAAAGCACAAAAUAUAAUGAUGAAUCUCCCUCAGCACUUACUAUUUUUCUAAUUCCUCCUUAAGAAACAUUUCCAUAUUGAAAAUUUUGAAGGAACGCCACUAGAACUGUUGCUUGGAAAUGAUUUAUAUCUCUCUCCUAAAGAAAUAUAAUAUGGGAUUGUGUGCCAUAGGAGUAAAAUAUAUAUACAGAGCAACCCUAAGAAGCUGGCAGGGCAAAUAUAUGUAUAUAUUUUUUUUUCACUGGGGAAUCGUACUUGGCAGUUAAUCUGUUGUCUUAGCCUUAUAUAUUUAAUACUUCUGUAUAGUCCAUCUAGAAAGUAUCUGGAAAAACGAAAGCACAAUAUUUAUAAUUUUCUGGCAUAUAUUUUUAUUACUUGAAUUAGAAAAUUACAACAAAUAAUGAAUCGCAUUCAUCUAUUAAAAUUAGGAAAACUAUAGAAUUCCAGACACUUACUACAUGGACUAAAUUACAUAUUUGAAUGUUAAACAACAGUUGAUGAUCAGACAUUUUUAGAUUAUUUUUUCAGCAUAAAUACAUAAUUAUGUUUUUAAAUUGCAAUUAUUAUAUCAUUAAUAAUGAAUACUUAAUUCACAAUUCGACGUCAGAACUAAAGGUAAGAUUUACCAUAAUCUCUCAAAUGGUAGAGUUAAUAUUCCUUAAACUGAAGGUUGGCAUCGUCAGGUAUAAAUCGAUGUUAAUCAUAGGUGCGUCACAAAAUGUUUAGAAAUUGCGGAUUCGAAAUUUUCUGGGAUUACUAGUUGAAGCAGAAAAUGUAGAAAUGUGUUAUUCGAAAUAUGAAAAUACACUUUAGUUGUGGUUUUCUUCUUCUUCCUGUUAACCAAUGGCCCCUUGUCGUAUAAAAACAGUUAGCCAGAGCGUAUCACUUGUGCAUCGGGGUGGGGUUACCCCACUUGCCAAUAGUUUAGGUUUCAAUUGGGGAUUAGUAGGUCAUUUUUUGCUGUGGCGUGUACAGCGGGGAAUUUGGAAACGCCAGAGAGAUAGUAUAUAGGAUAUGUGCCUGAAAAAAUGAACAUAUAACAACCAAUCAAAUUUUAUAAGCAUUAGCACCUACUAGCUUUCUAAAUCAUACAGCACCACUCUACAAUACAACUGUAACCAUGAACUACUGCUUAUUUUCAGAUUCUUACUUCAAACUUCUUGAUACAAUCCAUAACCAUCUCUGCUUUCCUGCUGGUUGGAUUUGCAAGAAUUUCUUCCAUCUGUAUCGGUCCUCCUAUCAUCUUGUUCAGUCUUGAAUACAACCAAUCUGUAGGACUUCUGUUUAACUCACAGUUCAAGAGCACAUGAUUUAUAUCACCCAUUCCACCACAUUCACAAUACUCGCUGUCCUGCAUGCCAAGUUUGUAUUUGUGUUUAGGUAUGAGGCAAUGUGUAGUUCUGAUUCUGCAAAAGACGCUAGUUUUUUGUCUAUCAGCCCUUUUAAUUUUUGCAAACCAAGGUGUUUUUUGUUAAUUUGUAAUUGAAUGAUUUCUACUUUUAUCGGUAAAUUCCACAGCCCAUUUUCUCCACGUCUCUUCCUUAGCUACUCUGAAUAAAUCAUCAUUGUUGUUCAUAGCAUCAUUUGCCUCUCGGCCUCCUCCAGCAAGUCUAUGUGCCUUUUCAUUUCCUGUUAUGCCUGUAUGACUAGGCACCCACAGUAUUUUUAUUUCCUUUCCUCCAUCCUGCAUAUCUAAUAUUUUCUUCCUCGUUCUCAACGUGAUUCUAUCUCUCUGUUGAUGCCAUCUCUGACAAUUUUCAAAAUAGCACUUUUAGAAUUAAAACUUUCUGUGUCAAUCUCUUACGUAUUGAGGCCAGUAUAGAUGGCUAGCACCUCCACUGAACAAAUGUUGGUUAGAUCCUGGCAUUUCCCUUUUAUUGAGAUUUUUUUGUUGUAUAUUCCAAUUCCGCAAUGUGUUGAUAUUAGCUCCAAAGAUGCAUCCGUAUAUAUUUUUUCAUGGUCCGAGUAUUCCUCCUCCAACUGCUUCAAUAAGAUUUGGCCAUCUGGACUGAACUUUUGUAUAUUCGAAUCCCCCCAGUCCGCAGUUGAGUUGCCAUAUCCUCUUCGAAACAUGGCAGAUUGUCCGUUCUUUCCAAUAUUCCUACGUGGGCCAACACAUAAUCCACCCCCUCCAUUACCGCUGGAGCGCACUUGGUCCGUCAAUAGAGAGGAUCCUGAUUGUAACAAGCAUAGAAGUUGAGUAUCACCCUAUUGACCUCGUCCCCUCUAAUGGCUACUUUUCUGAGCAUCAACUUUGUACUAAGUAAGUUCCUUCGCUUUAUCAAUGGCAUUUCUGCCGCUUCAGAUAACAACGCCAUUAUGGGAGUGCUUUUCAUGCAGCCAAUCACAACUCUCAAGGCCUGGUACUGAAUGCGAUCCAUUUUGCUAGAAUUCAUCUUGCUUAGAUCGUACAUCGCUUGACAGCCAUAAUCAAAAUGGGUUCUAACCAGACCUUUAUAAAUGUUCAACAAUAUAUUUGGGUCAGCGUACCACCAGGUUCUUGUAAUUGCUCUCAUUAUUUUAAUUCCUUUCUGCGCCUUGUUAAUCACAUAUUCAAUGUGUUCGUUCCACUUCAACUUCCUGUCCAGUAUGACACCCAAGUACUUAUAAUUCUCAACUUCUCUAUUUAACUCUCUUAUAUUUGUUAUUGGAUUAUUUGAUGAAUGGAGCUUGUAUUCCUCCAAAGGCAUAGUGGAUGUUGUUUGGGGAAAGUAUGACAUCUGGCGGGGAGUACGCCGUGACAAUAGUAGCUUCUUUAAUUUUGAUCCCCAUGACUUGGCAUCUUUGGUUGAAGUUAUUAUUCAUGUUACAUUUAGUGUGGGGUAUGUCCUUUUUGUUCAACAUAGCAAUACCUCCUUUUCCAUCAUCUCUAUCUAAUCUGUGUGUUACAUAGUAUUUGACCUUCACAGCAUUGUCUGCCUUGAGCCAUGUCUCAUUAAUCAAUAAAACAUCCAGGUUUUCGUUAUUUAUUAAGAUAGUCAAAUCGUCAAGUUUCUUAAAACACUCCUAAUGUUCCAUUGGAUUAUUUUCAUGUUGGGUUUGUUCAUAAUAAAAUCUAUCUACAUUAGCGUGUGCAUCUUUCAAAAUUGAUUGUCUAAAUCGUGAUGGGAUCCUCCAGAUUCCUGGGUUGCAUUCUGGAUUUCCUCCAUAAUUGCAUCUUUCACCUCUUGGGUCGAAGUUGUUUUGCCAAUAAGUUGUUUUACAACCUCUAAUAUUGGUGUUGGCUGGAACGAGUAGGUAUUACCAACUGGCGAGCCUUCCCUUGUACUCCUUUGAGUAGGCGUUCUAGCAGGAGCAGGAAUCAGACAUUUUUUGUGCAUUUCUCUGUCGUAGCCUGGCGAACAGGGAUUUUUUUUCAGGUUACAUGCAGCCGAAGCAUAUGAUGGUUUUCUUGGAGUCAUAGAGGUUGAUAUGUAUAAAUGUCUUGGAUUCGCUUCAAUUGGUCUACUGGUUUCUGAAGCUCUUCUUGUAGGAUUCAGAACUGGAAAGUCUCUAUGAUCCAAGUUCUCUCUCUGUCUUAUAUUUUCAUCUCCUUUCGGGUGUUUAUUCCUUGCUUCAAAAUAGGAGAUGUUUUCUGUUAUCAUUGUAGCUUUGAUUGCUUUUUGUCUCAGGGACUCCUUGCAUUGUCUAUCAGUGGUUUUAUGUUCCAUGUUGCAGUAUAAGCAAUAAGGUGUGCUUUGUUCACAGUCCUUUUCUUCGUGCUUCUUCCGCACAUAUCGGACAUCUUCGUUUGCCUCGGCACUUUUUGGCCGUAUGGCCAAAACAUUUGAAACACAUCAAUAGUGGACUUAUAUAGACUGAGAUCAUCACAUCACAGAAAUCUAGGUUCACUGAUCUUGAAUCACUUUCCCUUGGAAUGUAAACACCACUGAUUCAGUGUUUACAUAGAUACUAUCCCCAUUUUUAGUUAUUCUCUUCUUUAGCCUCUUGGCCUCGACAACAUUUGCAACGGAUUUUGUAUACUCGACUAUUUCCUCUUCUGCUAAGCCUUUGUAAAUACCUCUGGCUAUUCCUUUGCAAGUGACUAGGCUAGCUGGAAUAUAUGCAUUCAGACAUUCCUCUAAUUACAUUUUAUUAGUUAAAAAUUUAUUUGCAUUAAGAUAGUCAGUAAAUUUUAUUCCAACUCUGUUUUCACCUUUUCUGGAGGUUUUCUCCACUCCUCCUAUUUUUUUAUUUCUUAGAAGUCUACCAAUACUCUUGGGAUGCAUAUUACCAAUAUUUUCCUCAUUUUUGCUUUCAACAAUAACCAUGUAAGGUUUAGAAUCUCUGAAAUUGUAUACAAAAUUACUUGUCUUUUUUUUGUCCAUAUUGCCACGCCCCCGAAGGCCCCCUGGUUCUACAAUCAUGUGGUUAGAAAAAGGCAAAGCAGGAAAAAGCUAUGCUAAGGCAAGCAGGGGUUCAAAUUUUAUUCUGAGGACUUACCCCAAGAUGCACUUAAUUAUUUUCUCUUUCACAAUUAAGUAUUUUCACUACCCAAACACUUUUAUUUCGCGAAAAUGAAUCGAAAAUUAGAAUACCGAGCUGUCACUCUCUGGCGCCAAUCGUCGACCCCUUUGUGGUCUUCUAGUUCAUUGGUCAUCACAAUAUGACACAUAUACAUACAUAUACACGUAACCUCGCAGGCAUAAGAAAAUAAUUACCAACUUCAAGAGAUAAAUAUUAUCUUUAACUCUGACGCUGGAUUGUGAAUUAACUAUGUACCAUUUUUCUUUAAAUAAUUUUGAAAAUGUCUAUCAAGAAAUUGUCAAUAACAAAGAAAUAUUCUUUUUUUAUUUAUUAUUUUUUUAUUACCUAUUUCGUAUUAUAGUUUUAUUUUAUGUGAAACAUGAUAUACCUAAGAUAAAAUGGUCUUUAAGCACCUACUUUAUAUUUAAAUUUUUUGAAAUCAUUAUCAAAAUGCUGUCAAGAAUUGUUAAUGUAAAAGAAAUACUACGUUUUUAAUUUAAUGUUUUUUUUUAAUUACCUAUAUAGUAUUAUGUUUUUAUUCUCGCAAUUAUUUUUGUAAUAUGCACCUACAUGUCAUGAACAGUCAAAGUUUGACAUUUUUAGAUUGAUAUUUCAGCAAAGCUAAUAUCAUAUGUUUUUGAUUUGCACUUAUUUUUAGUUUAUGAUAUGUAUAAUAAGUACCUACCUACUAUAUGUUUAUCAGUUUUUUGAAUCAUUAUAAAAAUGUCUGUCAAAAAAAAACUGUUGAUGAAGUUCUUUUUUAAUUGCUUUUUUUUUAUUUACCAACCAUUAUAUUUUCAUUUCGUAAGAAAAGCCAGGAUACCUUAGAGAAGACGGUCAUUCACUAUUAUUUGUGUAAUUUAUAAAUGUCAUCAACAGUUAAAGUUCGACAUUUUUAGAUUGAUAUUUCAGCAUAGUUAAUCAUGUUUUUUUUUCUCCCUGUUUUUUCUAAAUUAUUAUAAAAAUGUCUGUCAAGAAAUUGUUGAUGAAGAAAAAAAAAUAGUUUUUUUUUAUUUACUGUUAUUUCUCAAAAAUUACCUACUUAUUUAUAGGUAUCAUACUGUAUUUUUAUUUCGCAGGAAAAUACAUGAUAUACUUUAGACAAGAUAGAUGGUCUUUCACUAUAAAUUGUGUAAUUUUUAUAUGUCAUCAACAGUUGAAGUUAGACAUUUUCCGAUUGAUAUUUCAGCAUGGUUAAUUAUGAUUUUAAUUUGCAAUUAUUAUUACAUAUACUACAUAUAACUACAUAUACUACAUACACUCAUCAAAAUAGUCUAGGGAACAAGAAAUAUCUGUCUUUUAAUUUUAAGACAAAACAACUUUUUUUAAAGAUAAAGUGGGUAUUAUUUAUUAAAUAAAUCUUAUCAAAUUUGCCAUAUCGGGUUUUUUUGCAACCUCGUUUAGUUUAAAUAUUUCAUAAAUAAAAUCAGCACAAAAUUUCUGGAUAAGUAUAGGUAUGUAUUCUUUUGUUCCCUAGACCAUUUCGAUGAGUAUAUUUAACUUUUUUUUUUAAUCUUUUCAAAAUUGUUUGUCAAAAAACUCGUAAUGUUAGUUUUUAUAUUUAUUGUUUUUCUUAGAUUAUAUUAUUAUAUCCUCCUAAUUUUAUCGCGUGAAAAAAAAAAGAGCUAUAUUUUAAACAAGAUGGACUUUCGUUAUUAUUUGUGUAAUUUAUAUACAGGCUGAUCAGAUGAAGAUAGCUCGUAAUCUACAUGCCCCACGAUCUUUGAGUAAAACAUGUAUUAACAAAUAUGAGUUGAGAAUAUUUCCAAGUUUCUUAGUUCACCCUCAAAUAUUGCAUCAGCUAUGUGUUACAGAAACUUGUUGUUUUCUCGAAAUAUCUUAGGUAGACCUGAUGGAAUGUAUUUUUAGUCCUUUACAACUUUUUUUGAACAUUCUAUUUCCUCUAGUUGCCAUAGCAAUGACAUGGUGAAGUAAAACAUCUUGAAAUGUUCAAACUGUUGUAACUUAGUCAUGCCUCGACCGAUUUUGACCAUCUAUGUAUUGCUUUAAAGAUCACUUAGUUCACAUUAAAUUUUAUUAUAAAUUAUUUUUAUGUUGUUUUUUUUAGUCCAGCGAAAGAGGUCAAUAUUCGAAAAAUUUUACUUAAUUCGGUUCAUUGGGCCAAAAGUUAAAAAAUAUAAUAAAUCAAAAGUCAAUAAAGUGAUUAACUUCAAAGAUAUUGUAAGAAUGAGUAGAUUCCGAGAUACAGCUGGUAGCCAUUGGUAUCUGAUCAACCUGUAUGUCAUCAAAAGUUGAGCUUCGGACAUUUUCAGAUUGAUAUUUCAUGUCUUGCCCUUAUUAUUUCAUUACUUUCAGUUUAUACAUAAAUUUAUGGAGAAUAAAUACUACAUAUUCCCCUUUUUUUUCUAAAUCGUUCUGAAAAUGUCUGUCAGAAAUUGUUAAUUUGGUUUUUUAUUUGUUUUUGAAAUUAUAUAUAUUAUAUAUCCUAUUAUGUUUUUAUUUUGUGUGAAAAUAGAUGUUAUAUCUUAGUUAGAGAGAAUGGACUUUUGGCAUUAUUUUUGUAAUUUUAAUUUAUAUAACUAAUAUACUGUCAUCAACGGUUUGUAAUUUUUCAGAUUGCCAUAAAAUGAAGAUAAUGCAGGUAACAUAGAUAACAGAGUAAGCAUUUAUCGAUUCAGUGGAUUUAGCAAAUCAGUAACUUCUUACCCAUAAGGAACUCAAGCAUAUUUUCAAUUACAAUGGCUUUGCCCAACCUUGGUUAUUACUAAUAAAGGUCUAUAAUUGGACAUGGACAUUGGCAUAGAGAAACAUUUUAUUUUAUUUUAUUUUAUCAUCAUAAUUUUCUAAAUUUAUUCUUAACUUUGAGAAUAUGACACAUUUAAAAAAAGUUCCUAUGAGUAUACUAUAUUUAUUUUAAAAUAUUUUUGUUUUAGGAUCUUUAGGAUCAAAAGAAAAUCGUUGCUAUUCGUUGUCUAUAAAUUAUUUGUG